GUGAUAUAAUUGCUUGAAACUCAAGCAUCAUGUUCUAUGAGUCAUCGUCGUGCUAUGAUUCUUUCAUUUAAUAUAAACUUAGUAGUUCGAGAUUCGAGUACAGUUACAACCUAGGAAUGACAUGAAUGCCAUCCUCUGAUCAAUCGAUUUUCUAGCUGUUCUUCAUCCUUCUCUCUCUCUCUGUGACGCGACAGUUCUUUAUAAUCUUUCCGGUGAAAACUCAUAUCUGGAGAUGUCUCCUUCAAGUAGAAGUUGUGGGCAUGUUUCAGGAACUGCAAACGGCUAUGGCUACAUUGAGCACCAAGUGUUCAAGAUGGAUACACUGGCCGGCAUCGCCAUCAAGUACGGCGUCGAGGUGGCCGACAUCAAGAGAGUAAACGGGUUGGCCACGGAUUUUCAAAUUUUCGCCUUGAAGACCUUGCGGAUACCUUUACCUGGAAGGCAUCCUCCCUCAGCCUCUUUGCCUAGCGGUGCUGCUUCUUCAGGGGACAAAAGUGCUGAAAAAGCAUCAUCAAGUACAGGCCACUGCAAUUCGUCAAAGUCAUCGGAGCUAUUUAAAUGGACUAGCUGUAUCCACAGCAAAAGACUGAAGGGUCAAGAGUCGCCGGCUUCUGAUUCAAGUUCAAAGUUUCGACAGAAGGACACCGGUUUCCCGGCAGAGGAUGGUUCAAUUGUUGAUUACGCAUCUAUCUUUGAUGUCAUAAAUGCUGGACGUGAGGGAUGUAAUACAAAACCUACAAGGAGUUGUCAAGAAACCGAGACCGGUUACCCGAAUGCCACACCAGGGAAGCUGUUGAAAAAAGGAAACAGUGGCGGAAACGGUAGCUUCUUAGCAACUAGAGGGAAGGAUUUGGCUUUGAGAGCCAAGUCAGCCAGCCGAACAUCACUGACCACUGAUGCACAGUCGAACUGCACAAACUCAACUCGAGCGGGAGCGCAAGAAGACAUAAUUGCUAAUGAACAUCCUCGAUUAGGAAAAGCUUCGAGCUUAUUGAGCUUAGUUCAAACCAAUUCCUCAUCAAUUCGGCAAACAUCAAAGUGGAGCUUGAAACCAGACAUCCCACUGUUUUCAGCAGCAUCCCUCACGGGGCCAAUUCUCGAUGGCUUAUCAUUGCCGACAACGAUUUCGGGAUGGAGGAGUAAAGCUGCCCUUGAUUAG